UUAUUCGUAAAUACAGCUCAUGGCAUCGGAUAAAAUCCUGGUCUCUUCUUCCACUCCAUCCCAUCUCACGCUCCUUAUCGCGCGCGCAUCGUCUUCCCUUGGCGCACGAACCCUUCUUCUAUGCGACGCGACGUGAUGCGAUGACCGUAGCUACCUUGGCGUGAGCAGCAGCGCAGGGGACCCCUGCCCUGGGCUCCGCGGCAUCGACUUCUCGCAACGUCGCCCGUCAAGAUGGAAGCCGCCCGCACUGUCUGCAGCGUUAUUGGUGGCGGUUUUUUCCUCCCUUUCCCUUUCCCUCCUCGGCGGAGGAGCGUCGGGCGCCGCCCCGGCCUCCUCCCCGUUUUCCGCACCUCAUCUAAAGACGGGCCGGAGCUCGACAAGUGGGACCAAAUGGAGCUCAAGUUUGGGCGCCUUCUCGGCGAGGACCCUAAGCUUACCCUAGCUAAGAUAAUGGCAAGAAAGUCAAACCCUGAUGUCUCUUAUCUUGAAGUUGAAAAAUCAUUUAGAAGAAAUAAAGGUAAGCUAGAUGAUUACAUGAUCAAUGUUCCAGAAGACAUGAGAGUGAAGCAACCACCUUCUGUUUCAUCAAAAAAGGAAGAUACAUCAAACAAGAAGAAUGCCCAAAAUGUUACAGUGGAAGGACAAGUAAAUCUUUCCCGUCCAACCAUGAAUAGAGGAAUAAGAGCUAUGAGACCCCCUGAAAAACCCACAUCAAUUCAGUCACAGCCAAACCAAAUCCUAGGAGAUACUGAAGACAGAAGCACAGAUCCCAACAUUUCUUUGCGAAAGCCCUCUAUCACUCAAGAUGAUGAUAUUGAAAUGAAUUCAAAGUUAAAAUUUAAACCAAACCUAGUCUUGAAAAUGAGAAAAAAUACUAGUGAAAACAUAAGUAAUGUAUCCCUUCUAAAGAAACCGGAAGUUGUUAAAGUACCCUUAGGUUCUGAACAAGAGAGUGUGUCUUCUGGGAAUUCUUCUCAGUCAAGUCUCACUGAAAUGAGGGCCCCAGAUAAGGAUGUGAAGAUCUUACAUGAGGGAAAUAUGUCAAUGAAUAAUACAGACUUGGUCACAACAGCAGCAAACUUGGAUGAACUUCAAGUAACCGGCUUGGAUGCAUCUUCAAGCUCCAGUAUGCCACUGGAAAAUGAUGUUAUUGAAGGACAUUUAGAUGACAAGGAUGCUGACAUUUCAGAUUCAUCCAAUCUUGAUGAUGGUGUGGUUGCAGGAUUGCAGCCACCUAAUCAAAGUGCUGCUGAAGCUAAUGUGGCUGAAGCUUCAUCUACACGUUUGGACAAUGACUCUGCCGAUGCUAUUUCUAUGCAAGCUGCCCUGCUAGGAAAGCCUCAGAGGCUGGACUCGCCCUUAAAAGAAAUGUCCCGUCCAUUUAGAGAGGAGAAGAUUGCUUUGCAGCAUGAUGGCCAUGUUUCCACUUCUGGAACUGAGCCUGUUAUAUCAGCAGAUCAAGAGGAAAUUGAAGAAAGUGACUGGAAAAGGGCAGGGCAUCUGCUGCAUACAGGAGAGAAAGCUGAAGUGGAACUGAUUAGUUGUAGCAGCAGAGGUUUUGUUGUAUCAUUUGGGUCUUUGAUAGGUUUCUUACCUUACCGAAAUCUUGGUGCCAAAUGGAAAUUCUUAGCAUUUGAGUCAUGGUUAAGAAAAAAAGGGGUGGAUCCCUCCUUAUACAGGCAGAAUCUGAGCAUUCUAGGAAGCUAUGAUGCUAGAAGUAAGGAUCUUGGACUGGAGUCUACAUCAGGAAAAGAAAAUCAGAACAGUGAAGUGUCACCAACAAAAGUGAAAUUCGAAGAUCUUUAUGAGGCAUAUGACCAAGAAAAAAACAAAUUUCUAUCAUCAUUCAUUGGUCAGAGACUUAAAGUUUCUGUGAUUCUGGCUGAUAAAAACUCCAGAAAGUUAAUGUUCUCUGGGAGGCCAAAAGAAAAGGAAGAGGUGGUUGAGAAAAAGAGAAGUCUUAUGGCUAGACUUAGUAUUGGGGAUGUUGUGAAAUGCUCUAUCAAGAAAAUUACAUACUUUGGCAUAUUUGUGGAGGUUGAAGGAGUAACUGCACUUAUUCACCAGUCAGAAGUUCCAUGGGAUGCAACUUUGGAUCCAACAUCGUACUUUAAAGUUGGGCAGAUUGUCGAGGCAAAAGUUCAUCAACUGGAUUAUACUCUUGAACGGAUCAUGUUAUCAUUGAAAGAUAUAAUGCCAGACCCAUUAAUAGAGGCCUUGGAGUCUGUUGUUGGAGAUCAUGCAUCUUUGGGUGGAAGACUGGAAGCGACACAAUCUGAUGCUGAGUGGGCUGAUGUGGACUCACUCAUCCAAGAGCUGCAGAAAAUUGAUGGAAUUAGUGGUGUUUCUAAAGGUCGUUUCUUUAUAAGCCCAGGUUUAGCUCCAACAUUUCAGGUGUAUAUGGCUUCUAUGUUUGACAACAAGUACAAGUUGCUUGCUCGUUAUGAGAACAUGGUCCAAGAGGUUGUGGUGGAAUCAUCCUUGGACAAGGAACAGAUGAAAGCUGCGAUAUUAACAUGUAUUAAUAGGGUUUAGUCGGAGUUUGGCGAGCAAUAGCUCUCGUGGUAAAAAUCUACAUCCGACAUGCAUUUCAAAUGUCGCAAGUGCUGCAUUGUUAUAGGUCUUGGUAGAUAGUCAACCUAGAGAUUAAUUCUUUAACACAGAUGAGAGUAAAUGUUGUUUCUGUAAGUUUCCUCCCAAUAACAUUUCGACUGACCCUUCUUAUUUUGA